UUGUUUAAGUACCGACUGCUAGUCAGAUAUUUUACAAUAUAUUUACAGAGUUUCAGCGUAAAGUUAUGAGAAAUCAGUAUGCUCUUCAGCAUAAAUUAAAUGACUUGGAACGUGUAAUAUCGGAAUCUGCAAAUAUAAGAAAAUCAAACAUUAACCAAGUAACAGAUGAGGAAUCCGAACAGGUUCUUUCUAUUUGGAAAUUAUUUCCACUUGAUAGCGUACAAGCCUUGGAAGACGUGGAAAAUUCUUUAGCGGACCAACAGCUGCAACAACAUUUGGCUCUGAAGUUUUCAUUGGUAGGAGGAGAAACGGCAAAAGAUAUAACACGAAGAAUAUUAUAUUUAAUGUUAACAAAUGAUGUGGCAAAACUGUAUAGUUUUGACGGAGCAAAAGGAAAAUUAAAAUUUAAAUCUUUGAAACUGUAUCAUUUGUUAUUAGCAUCAAUUCGGAAGAAUCAAAAAACGCAUGACGCAACAGAAAGCGACAUACUACCAGAAAUCAGGCAGUGGCUGGCACAAGCAAAAUUUAGGAAACAAAAAUAAUUUUAUACUUUAUUUUUGUUUUAAAUACUUACAAAAUA